GGUCAGUGGCAGGAGGUGUGGUGGUCAAGGGAAUGACCAAGGAAGGACCACAAGUGGCAUUUCUUCCUCUUUUCUCAGCAAGAGGACGGUUGGCGACCAUCGCACCAUUGGCGGUUCCAGCCCAGAGAAGGAAGACACAACUUUAGGAGUCUAAGGCAACCAUUGUGAAAAAUGGGUCUCAGACUGGUGGCUGCGGCUCUCCUUCUAGUGGUUCUCUGUUCGGAUGUCUCCGGCUACCGCCUUCAGAAACGAGAGACGCAAGAAAAAGAGGUGUUCGCCCAACUCCAAGAGGCAGCCAAAGGAUACUGGGAUCAGGUUUCCGAUACGACCCAGAAUUGGGUGAACCAAAUAAAAUCCACCGCAGUGAAUGAGAAACUUAGUGACAUGUAUCAAAAGGGUUACUCCGCCAUGAACACAUACCUGAGCAUCAUCUCUGACCAGGUCUACCAUUGGUGGCACAGUGACGAAUAGCAUGGCCCUGGCACUUCUCUUCUGUGGCAAAUGGUCAGUGAGCUUCACUACUCAGCUGGCGUCGUCCCACUUUCUUUUCAUACACUUUGGAUACAAACAACUUUCUCUGGCUUAUCGAGCGAAUAAAGUUCCUUUCCUACCAAA